AUGAGCUCUCCCAUCCCGCCCGGCGGAAGCCCUCCCCCGGCCGACCGCUUGCCCCUGGCGGCGGUGACCGUGCCGGACAGCCAGAGCGACAACCUUGGCUCCGAUGGCGACGUCCUGAUGCAGCCCCCCUCUUCGGAGGGGCAUAUGAUGCUUCCCCCUUCAUCCGCCUCCUCGGCCGGAGUGUUGGCCUCCGAUCUGCCGACCUCCUCCGGAGCACAUGAGCCGUCGAGCCCCUUCUCGACUUUCGUUGCACCAUCGAGCCCUGGCUCCGAGGCGGUCCCCUUUGCCAUGGCCACGUCUGCGUCCUCCUUCUCCAGCGGGCUGCCCUCCAGCCCCACCUCCUCGCAGAUGAUCCCCUCACAGUUCGAGCUGACCACGUCGCCGUCCUCCUCCGGUCUGAUGGCCUUCGCCCGGCGCAUUCGCUCGACUCGCUCCAGUCACCCGCCCUCCUCGGCCGAGCAUAGCCAGCCUCCCUCGUCUGGCGGGCUGACCGAUGGCCUGGGCAGCCUGGGCAGCCUGGGCAGCGUGGGCUUCAGCGCCAUGUCCGGCUUCGGGAGCACCGGCUACGGUUUGAUGUCUGACGCUUUGACCAGUGCGUCCGCCGUCCGCGGCAUGUCCUCCAUCCCUGCGUGGGUCAACGGCCUCAACGAGAAGCUCGAGACCGCCGACCCCGAGAUGUUCGACAUCAUCGAGCACGAGAAGCUGCGCCAGCUGUCCAGUAUCGACCUGAUCCCGUCCGAGAACUUCACCUCCCAGGCCGUGCUCGACGCCCUGGGCUCCGUCAUGCAGAACAAGUACUCCGAGGGCUACCCCAACGCCCGGUACUACGGCGGCAACGAGUUCAUCGACCAGAGCGAGCUCCUGUGCCAGAAGCGCGCCCUGGCCGCCUUCAACCUCAACCCCGAGGAGUGGGGCGUCAAUGUGCAGCCGCUGUCCGGCUCCCCGGCCAACCUUUGCGCCUACGGCGCCGUGCUCAAGCCCCACGACCGCAUCAUGGGCCUGGACCUGCCCCACGGUGGCCACCUGAGCCAUGGCUACCAGACCCCCACCAAGAAGAUCUCCCACAUCUCGGUCUACUACGAGACCAUGCCCUACCGCCUGGACACCGAGACCUCGCUGAUCGACUACGACACCCUGGCCAAGACCGCCACCCUCUUCCGCCCGAAGAUGCUGGUCGCCGGCAUGUCGGCCUACUCGCGCCACUACGACUACAAGCGCAUGCGCGAGGUGGCCGACUCCGUGGGUGCCUACCUCCUGUCCGACAUGGCCCACAUCAGCGGCCUGGUCGCGGCCGACCUGUCCACCAACCCCUUCGAGUAUUCGGACUUGGUCACCACCACCACGCACAAGCUCCUGCGCGGCCCGCGUGGCGCCAUGAUCUUCUACCGCAAGGGCAACUACACCGACACCCAGGGCAAGGUCACUGGCUGA